AUGACUAAGAAGAAGGUCUCAAAAGCGCCGAAAAAGCCAUCGACGACGGCUGGCGCGGCACCAGAGCCGGCGAAAAAAGCGGAUGAGCUCGACAUGUUGGAGGACAUCAAAAGAGAUGAGGAUUUGUACAUUUCGGAAAGCGAUAUAGCAAAUUUGUCCAAGUAAGCUGAUUCCUAUUGAAUUCUGAAAUUUUUCGCAAAAUACAAUUUGAUAAUUUUUGUCAAGUUCUCCCGGAAAAUGCCAAUAUUUCAGUUUUAUACGCACCACAAACAAAUCGUUUAACUCCCUCGGCAAUACAAUCGUCGAAAAAUUCACGGGACGUUGCUCGCUGGCCAUUCUGCACGCCCUGCUCUCCGUCUUCGACCCGGAUUCGGACGAGCGCGACGACGUGAUCAGAAGACUGAAUAUCAUCUACAUCGUGUGGAGGUUGCCCGAGAUCGAGCCCGAACUUCGAACGAAGCCGCAGAAAAACAUGAACGACGUCUAUUCGCACCCAUUCUCGACGUUCCUUUUCUACGCCGAGCAGUUGGAGCGGGAGGCCGAGUCGAUGAUCGCGCGAAUCAUUGUCACGAACAACGUGGGCGUCAUCGAGAAGCUAACGGCGCCGGAUUUCCUUGGCAAGUUCCAGACUUUCAAAGGAUUCGAGGUGGAUCGCGAGGCGUUUGAGAAGUGGGAGGAGGAGAACACGGAGCACUGGCCCGAGAUGAGCGAGGAAUUUGUGCCGAUUUCAAAGGCGAUGAAGGAGAUCGGGUGCGAUCGGAAAGAGUACGAGGCUGGAAUGGCCGAGGCGUUCUACCCGCUUGUUCACAAUCCACCCACGCUUCUCCCGCCGAGAAUGCAGCCUCUCGAAGCGGAGGUACGCGUAACGCAAAAAUAUUUUCAUUUUCAGAAAAAUUAUGCUUUUUUGCAGGGGAAAGCAUUGCACGCGUACCGUUCGAUCAGAAUGACACAGCCCGAGCACAAGGCAAAGAUGACGAGCGUGCUCUAUUCGGAAACCGCCGGCGACGACAUUCAGGACGAUCUGCGCGUGGCGUUCCAGGACCUGGGACAGAGUAUUUUCAAAAGUGAACUUUGAAUGUGACAAUUUUUCAUUUUCAGCCGUCGACGAGUAUCAGGGAGAAGUUUUGUCCGCUAUGACUCCAGCCGAACGUCCGUUUUCCACCCAAUUCCUCAUCGAAGCAACGUAAAUUCCUCAUUUUCAGAAGCAGAGGCUCAGCGGGAAAUAGCGCUGAAGGAAGAGUGGUCGGAGUCGGAAAUCUCCGACGUCGAGACGGAAAGUGACGAGGAAUCGGACGACGAACGACUCGCAAAGGCGGAGUUCGAAGCGAUGAACGCCGUCGCGUCGCUCGAUUUCAACGAGAAGACCAUCGAGGGAUGCGUCGAUCGCAUUCUCGCCGGCACUUCGUUAACGUGAGUUGGGAAUUCUGGAGUAUGUUUAAAGACUCUGGAAGAUAAAAAAAACCUCCCUAAACAACUAUUUUCCAGCACUUCCAAGACGGAAAUGAUGACGUUGUUCGUGCGCAACUGCCAACUCUCCCAUCCACAAUAUCAACGCCUCCUCAACGAGUCCUCGCACGACGACUUCAUCAUGCUCUUCGCGAAAACCAACGGAAAAUUGGCGCAACCGUUCCUGGUACGCAACGCGUUGGCGGAGACGAACGGCACGUGCGAACUGUUCAAACGAUACAUUCGGCUCGCCGAGAAGAUGCCCUCGUACGUGCAGGCACUCGAAACCGUCCUCAAGUUGGCGAAAGAGUUCACCGAGCACAAACGGAUCACGAAGGACCACCAGGACGCGAUCCUUCGCUACGUUCGGUUCACGAUCAAGACGUGCGACGAGAGCGAGAAUCAGCGGACGAUCCGGCUGGGAGCGAUGUUGGUGAAGAAGCUGCUCCGGGAGAAUCUCAUUACUGUUGAGGUAAAAGCUUAUGCUUUUUCAAUUUUGAACCGUUGUAUUUCUUCAGGAAAUCGCCACCGACGCGAAGCCGUUCGCUCUGAAACACACAGAGAACCGUGAAUGCACGGCGCUCUACAAACUGAUCAAGGACAUCGAGAACGGAAAGCCGCUUGCCGAGCCGCCACAAGCGCCCGCCCAUCGCACCACGUCCGUCACCACGAACGCCACAUCAACGACGACGACGACGACGGUCGUCAACCGGUGCGGAUCGGCAGUGAUCAAGCAGACGUCGCGCAAAGUGGUGCUCUCGACCGCCUCCUACAAAUCGAUGAAGAAAAACACGAACGCGCUGAUCCAGGCGACGCGGAAGAUCACCUCAGCCAGUUCGAGCCCGGGCACGAAGCCGACGUCCUCCUCGUCGCCAAUUGUCACCAUGGAAGGCCUUUUCACCGCUGUUUCCGCUCCGAGUACGGCGUCGGCGACUCCGCAAAAGAAGGAAGUCAAGCAAGAGGAAUAA